AUGCGCGCGAAGAGGGCACGGAUUGCUCCGCCAAGCGACGUCAUCGAACAACUCCUGCAGCUGCAGCCAAAAGACUCGCUGGAAGGUGUGCAACUGGCUCUCUCCCAACAUCGACUAGAUCACAAGACUGUCCGCUGCACGAUGCAGGAGCUCAAGGCUCAAAAGCGAUUCGACCUGGUUGGCAUAUUGUUUUCAGAGACGCUCAAGAAGGGGGGUGCAAAGGUGGGUUUAAAAGAAUUCACUGCGGGUAUCAGUGCCUGUGCAAAGGCGAAAACCUGGCAGCUUGCCGUGCAUCUGUUCAGCAGCAUGAGCACGGCCAAAGUGGACGCCAAUGUUUUCAGCUACAAUUCCACCAUCAGUGCUUGUGAAAAGGGUGGGCAGUGGCAGAUAGCCAUGCAGCUGUUCGAUAGCAUGCGCAGAGCCACGAUACAUGCCGAUGUCAUCAGCUACAGCGCCACUAUCAGCGCGUGCGAGAAAGGUGGGCAGUGGCAGCUUGCAAUGCAGCUGUUCGACGGCAUGCGCAAAGCCCAGGUGGAUGCCGACGUUAUCAGCUACAACGCCACCAUCAGCGCUUGUGAAAAGGGUGCACAGUGGCAGCUGGCGGUGCACCUGUUCGAGAGCGCACACAAUGCCAACAUACAUGCCGAUGUCGUCAGCUACAACGCCACUAUCAGUGCUUGUGAGAAGGGUGGGCAGUGGCAGCUUGCCGUGCAUCUAUUCGACAACAUGCGCAAAGCCAAGGUGGAUAAGACUGUGAUAAGCUACAGUUCCACUAUCAGUGCUUGUGAGAAGAUUGGACAGUGGCAACUGGCGGUGCAUCUGUUCGACAGCAUGCGUAAAGCCAAAGUGGAUGCCGAUGCCAUCAGUUACAGUGCCACCAUCAGCGCUUGUGAGAAAGGUGGGCAGUGGCAGAUGGCAGUGCAUCUGCUUGGCAGCAUGCGCAAAACUAAGGCACAUACGGAUGUUGCCAGCUGUACGGUGAGCAGUGGCAGCUAG